CUGGCCGGCCUCAUCCGCGCGCCCGGGCCCAGGCCGGGGUCCCGGGCCGAGCGGCCUGGGCCGCGGUCCCACCGCCAGCGUCGCCUGCGGUCAGCGCGAGGCGCUCCUAUCCCCCCCCUCCAGAGGGUCCCACCUCUGCGACCUUGCUGGCCCCUCUGGGGAGGGGCGAGCCCUUUCUCCUCCUGGUGCGCGAGUCACAGGCCUUGAAUGGAAGGGGAGUCUCUGCCUCCUAGGCCAUCCCUGGUCCCGGGGGCUCCCAACUCCGAAUUCUUCACCCAAGCUGGAGGAAGGCUGGAAAGGUGGGGCUCAGUAGGUACCCACAGUAGCCUCUGCUGGGGUCAGAAGGGCGCUGGCAUGUAUCCUUGGAUGUAUCAGUGUGAGGGCUUCCAGAGAAGUUUGUUUAGAGCGCUCUGGACCCGUACUGACCCCAGGCCCAGGAUGUAGGCAGCCCCCUGACCAUGGGCAGUGACUGUCCCGAUCUCUGAUCUCAGUCUGCCCAGAUGGCCUCUGGACCUCCUAGGCACAGCAGAUCCCUCCUUUUCUGUCUGUUAGAAGUUAGGAGACUUCCCUGGUGGUCCAGUGGUUAAGACGCCACGGUUCCACUGCAGGGGGCACUGGUUCAGUCCCUGGUCGGGGAAUGAAGAUCCCACAUGCUGUGUGGCGCAGCCUUAAAAAAAAGUUAGAAACCAUCAGGGGAGGGGUAACCUGCCCACAUUCCGCCCCCUUCUUCGUCUGUGGCCUUAAGCGUCCCUGUGGGAGGACCCAAAAGGGCUGAACUCAGAGUCGCCCCAGCUCUCAGAGCCUGGGGUCCCCCAGCAGAAUGGGCCCACUGAAGCCCAGCCUCAGUCGGCAGAAUGUUGUCUGUGGCCAGGGGCCUGUCGUCUCUGGAGUGGCGCUGGUGGGCCUGUAGGUUGGGGACAGAGAGUCUCUGGAGGGUGGAGGUGAGGAGGUCAGCCAGGUGGAGAGUGGCCGAGGGAUCCAGCAUGGGGCAGCCGUCUGGUAGGAGGGGACCCGGCGGGAAACAAAGCAGGGCAGGGGGUCAGGGAGGGUGGCUCGGCUGGCACAGGGACCUGAAGCCCGUGCGGCAGGGUCCUUGGUCUGCUCCCCCUGGAGAGGGUGUGUGCGCAGUUGCGGAGUGCGCUGGGGCCGUCGAUGCCCACCUUGGCCAUCUUCCAACUGUGUCCUGGGGAGAAGGAUGCGAGGGCACCCACCUGUGCCCCAGAGCGUGGCCUUGGGUCUGGGUGGGGCUGUGGGGGAAGGUGCUUCUAGGUGCGGGGCCAGCACAGCCUGUGAGCCGGCAGCCACGCUGGUGUCAUAAUUGGCCCCCGAGGGGUGGCACUGGCCUCCUCCCCCGGGGCACUCCGCCUCUCCUGGAGCCAUCCCCAGCUAAGCGCCAGGUCCCAGGUGCAUGAGAGGUGCGUGAUUCUCUCACUCUCUGGGGUUGUGCGUCUGGAGGCAGGGAGCCCCCCGGCGCUGGUGAAGGCUUCAGGGCAGGGCUAGAUUCCUCUACGCUGAUAGGGUUUUCUGCGUCAUCCAGGGAGACUUCGGCUGAGCAGCCCCUCCCCUAAACCGGAACUCCCCCCGCCCCCGCCCAUCCACCCCUUCCUCUGCUUUCCCUUGUGGCCAAAGACACAGGCGGGCAGGCUCCCCUUCCUCAGGCCGGAGAGUGGGCCUGUCUGGGGCAGGGUCGAGAGCGGCCCAUUUCAAGUCCCGAGUUGGGCCCGGUGGACCUCACGGGCUGUCCGCUUGCUCUGCAGAGAUGACCGAUCCCUUUUGUGUUGGAGGAGGCCGCCGGCUCCCGGGGUCCAGCAAGAGUGGGCCUGGGAGGGAUGGCGGCCGGAAUGAGGUCCGACUUCCCAUGCUUCACGACCCGCCGAAGCUAGGGCUGCCGGUAGGCCGGGGUGGGCCGACAGUGCCCAGCCAGGCCCCACUCUGCUUUGACCCGGGAAGUCCAGCCAGCGACAGAACGGAAGGGAAGAAAAAAGGGCGUCCGAAAGCUGAGAACCAGGCGCUCCGAGACAUUCCUCUCUCCCUGAUGAACCAGUGGAAAGACGAGUUCAAGGCGCACUCGAGGGUGAAGUGUCCAAACGCUGGGUGUUGGCUGGAGUUCCCCAGCAUCUACGGGCUCAAGUACCACUACCAGCGGUGCCAAGGGGUAAGGGGCUGCGGCCUGGGGAAGGGGAGGCCUGGGGCCCACCCUGCCCUGGCUGUUGGCUUGGGGGUGUCCACGCCUGCCCUCUCCACCCAGGGUGCCAUCUCAGAAAGGCUGGCCUUUCCCUGCCCCUUCUGUGAGGCUGCAUUCACCUCUAAGACCCAGCUGGAGAAGCAUCGCAUUUGGAACCACAUGGACCGACCCCUGCCUGCCCCCAAACCUGGGCCCGUGAGCCGGCCAGUCUCCGUCAGUCGGCCCGUUGGGGUCAGCAAGCCCAUUGGAGUAAGCAAACCUGUCACAGUCAGCAAGCCCAUCGGCAUCAGCAAGCCGGUGACGGUCAGCCGGCCCGUGCCGGUCACCAAGCCAGUGCCGGCCAGCAGGCCCGUGCCGGUCACCAAGGCUGUGCCGGUCACUAGGCCUAUACCGGUCACCAGGUCUGUGCCAAUCGCCAAGCCAGUAACAGUCAACAAACCAGUGCCGGUCACCAAACCAGUGACCAUCAACAAGCCGGUGUCUGUGACAAAGCUUGUGACAGUUACGAAACCCGUGCCAGUUGCGAAGCCGGUGACGGUCAGCAGGCCCAUUGUGGUCAGUAAGCCGGUGACGGUCAGCAGGCCCAUUGCCAUCAGCAGACACACGCCGCCCUGCAAGAUGGUGCUGCUGACCAAGUCUGAGAACAGAGCUCCUCGGGCCGCGGGGAGGAGCAGCGGUAAGAAAAGGGCCGCAGACGGCCUGGAUGCCUGCCCCCUCCCGCCCAAGCAGGCGAGGCCGGAGAACGGCGAGUACGGCCCGUCCACCACAGACCAGAGCUCAGCCUUCCAGCUGAGCACAGACCCCAGCAGCAGCCCCCUUUCUCUGGGCAGCAGAGCCUUGGGGGGCAAGGAGGCGCCGAGGGCCGCGGGCCCUGUGUCCCCGCCUGAGGAGGGUGCGGAACGCACGAAGCACAGAAGGAAACAGAAGACACCCAAGAAGUUUACGGGUGAGCAGCCCUCCAUCUCAGGGACUUUCGGACUCAAAGGUGAGGCCUGGGCCAGCCGGGCACCUGUGGGGCCAAGCACACGCGGCGGCCGCGCCCUCAGCCUGCACCUGCCCCUCCCGCGUGCGCUCGUAGGCCUGGCCAAGGCGGAGGACAAAGCCCGCAUCCACCGUGCCAAGAAGCAGGAGGGGCCGGUCCCUGAGGAGGUGCGGAAGAGGGGGCCAGCCCCCACCAGCGCUGUCAGCAAGGAGGUGCCGGCCCCAGGGGCCCACCCAGCUCCAGGUGGCCCUGAGGAGCAGUGGCAACGGGCCAUCCACGAACGGGGGGAGGCCGUCUGCCCCACCUGCAACGUGGUCACCCGAAAGACCCUCGUGGGGCUCAAGAAGCACAUGGAAGUGUGUCAGAAGCUGCAGGAUGCGCUGAAGUGUGAGCACUGCCGGAAGCAGUUCAAGUCCAAGGCGGGCCUCAACUACCACACCAUGGCGGAGCACAGCGCCAAGCCCUGUGACGCCGAGGCCUCGGAGGCGGGCGAGCGCGAGGAGCGGGAGUGGCUGCGGAAGGUGCUGAAGCAGGUGGGGCGGCUGCGCUGCCCCCAGGAGGGCUGCGGGGCCGCCUUCUCUAGCCUCAUGGGCUACCAGUACCACCAGCGACGCUGCGGGAAGCCGCCCUGCGAGGUGGAGACCCCUUCCUUCCCCUGCACCCACUGCGGCAAGACCUACCGCUCCAAGGCCGGCCACGACUACCACGUGCGCUCGGAGCAUGCGGCCCCGCCCCCCGAGGAGCCUGCGGACAAGGGCCCCGAGGCUGAGGACCUGUUGGGUGUCGAGCGGACCCCCAGCGGCCGCAUACGCCGCACGUCGGCCCAGGUCGCUGUGUUCCACCUGCAGGAGAUCGCGGAGGACGAGCUGGCCCGAGACUGGACCAAGCGGCGCAUGAAGGACGACCUGGUGCCCGAGACUGCGCGGCUCAACUACACGCGGCCCGGCCUUCCUGUGCUGAACCCCCAGCUGCUGGAGGAGUGGAAGAACGAGGUCAAGGAGAAGGGCCACGUCAACUGCCCCAAUGAUUGCUGCGAAGCCAUCUACUCCAGCGUGUCCGGCCUCAAGGCCCAUCUGGCCAGCUGCAGCAAGGGGGACCACCUGGUGGGGAAGUACUGCUGUCUGCUGUGUCCCAAGGAGUUCAGCUCCGAGAGUGGCGUCAAGUACCACAUCCUCAAGGCCCACGCGGAGAACUGGUUCCGCACUUCGGCAGACCCGCCUCCCAGACACAAGGGCCCAGACUCCCUGGUGCCCAGAAAGGAGAAGAGUCCGGCUGGCGGGAAGAAGCGGGGCCGCAAGCCCAAGGAGCGACCCCCUGAGGAUCCAGCCCCUGGGACGCCUCCCCACCGGGACGACUGGCCCCCAGGAGGCAGAGACAAGGGGGCCCGGGGCUCUGCUGGCCGGAAGGUGGGAGCCGGCAAGGCGCCCGAGAAGUGAGUUUGCAGCCUGGCAGGUGGGUGGGGCCCGGCCCCCUCUGUCCAGGGUGGGGCUCCAGAGCCUCCUGCCCUCCAGGCCUCCACCCCCCACCCCUGCCUGUUCAUCUGUCCAGCGGGGGCGGCCAGCCCUCUCCCCUCCCCGAGGGUGGCCCUGCCCCACGCGGGCUGCCGCAGGGCACCUUGGGCAGGGGCUCCCGGGAGGGCCAGGGCAGCUGCAGAAGUGCAAUAGUCUGGAGGGACCUUCGUGGGCCGGCAAGAGGACGGGCUCCAGCCUGGGCUUCGGUGCUGGGGCGGCACGGAGCAGGCAGGUGGCCUCUGGUCCUCGGCGUGUGAGCUCCGCGCCCCAUCGGGGGUCCCUGGUGGCCCGUGGUUCUGGGCUGAUGAGGGUACCUGAGCAGCCUCACCUCGUGACCCGACACUGGAACCCCAGCACCCCCCAGCUACCUCCCGGGACAGACCCCAAGUCUGACAGCUGCCGUGCUGACCUGCCCGCCCCACCGCACCCCACCCCACCCCCACCCCGCCGUCUUUUGGUUCCUGCACUUCUGCUCUCUACCUCUCCAGGCCCACCUUCCCCUGCGGUGCAGCCAGCCCCUGCUGCGCUCGGGCCCUGCCCCACUGGCCCGUGUCCAUCGUGGUGGCAGAGGCAGCCCUGCUCCACCGUCCCCAGUCGUGCUCCCCACUCGGGGCCAGGCAGAGGCUCUGCUUCUGCCACUGCAGGACUGUGGGCAGGGGCCACGUGAAGUGAGCUCUGGCCUCAGCCUCCAGCUUUGCUAAUGCCGCUGGCCUGAGUCGGGUAGCCUGAUGGGUUUAGGGAUGGGCCAGUCUGGGUUCCGGGGUCACCUGGGGCCCACGGGCAUGAGGGGCGGGGACCUGGGGCCUGGCUCGAGUAGUGACCACUGUGGGAAGCAUCCUCUCUUGCUGGCCUGGGUUGGCCCGUGGCCAAGCUCCCGUGGGAGCCUCCUUCCCCCUUUUUUAGCUGCUCCUUCGUUUCUGGUUGUGUGGCCUUUUGAUGUGAGAGCCGAAGGCCCCGGGGGAGCUUGGCCAAGGUCAUAGUAGGUUGGUGGCAGCUCCAGGGCUCUGUCUCGGCUCCCUUUGGUGCCCUGAGGGCAGCGAGGUCUGUAGGUUGGGUCAGGUGGAGUCCAGGGCUCCCUGAGGAUGCAGCCACGUGGUUUCUGACCUCCUGCCUGGGCCCCACCUUCCAACCAUGGCGUCGCUGGGACAGGGAGGAUGCUCGGAGCUGCUGGGUUCGGGUGGAGGCUCUUUUCCACUGGGGGGUGGGGGAGGGCUGAGGGCUCGGCCUUGCCGACCCCGGACGAUGUGAAUCUUGAUGUUUGCCCGUGUGCGUGUGUCUCCUGGGUGUAGUGGAUGCCAGUCUUGUUGCUGUGACAAGUAACAAACCUUUUUUUUAAUUCUGUUUUUUAUAUGAAAACACAACAAUCUGACAUUUUGGUGCUAAGGGUUUCCUGGUGCCGACGGUGGAUCUGGGGGCUGGGCUGGGGUCCCUCUCCUGCUCAGGGAGGCGGUGCUGACUGGGCACCCCUCUGCCCCCCAGCUCCUGUCCUCCUCCAGUCCUUGGAGAGGAGGGGCUCCAAUCUGGGCUCAGCUCUCCUCACCCCGCACUAGGGGGACAGUUUCCAGGAGGGCUUUGGGGCCGAGGCGCCAUGCUGCCCGUCUCCGGCUUCUUCCUUCAGCCAGAGUGCUCUGACCCUGGGCAGUCCUGGCCUGAUGUGCUGGGGGGGGUGUGUGUGGAGACAUGGGCUCCCCCCAACUCACACGCACCUGAUCUGAUCAGGGGGUAGAGGCCUGGGCAGGUGCAGGUAAUCCAGCGUCAAAGGCUGAGGCAAGCGGCAUGACUUCGGGGCAGGGGGGCUUUCUUUCCUGUGUUCCUGGGUGUCACUGGGGUACAGCUGGUGGAGGUGGAGGUGGGUCGGGCAGCCACUGCAGGGGCAGCCUCCGGGGGGAGGGUGGGGAGCAGGCACUGAUGGGAGCCCCACGCGCACUUUGUCCUUGUCACCAAUGGUUGGAGGAGGUUGGACCUCAACACCUCUGCUGGGGAUAGCUGCCUGCCCCGGCCUCUCAGGUACUUGGCCCUUGGGGAGCGGGGGCUGGUUUUGGCUGGGGGAUGCGUUUCAUUGUCACCCCCAAAAGUCCACGUGUGGUCCCUGGCGUGGGAACCCCACCAGAUAUGUGGGAAGAGGUGGGGUCCUGGGUAACUUGAUGUUUAGCACUUUAACCCCCUUCUUUGUCUUUAAGGUGGGCGUGGGGACUGCUGCCAAGAGUGGCACUGGGUUGGACCCCUCUCUCUCCCCUCUUCCCUCCCGGCUUCCAUGCUCUGGCUGGUGGGUGGCAGCGGCAAGCCAGUCCUCAGAGCCCUCCUCCUACGGUGGCAGAGCCCUGGGUGCCUCAGCAAGGUCUGCCCACUUCCCACUCUGGUGGGAGUGCAGCCAGGUAGCCUUGACUGACACCUUCAAUGAGAGGGACUGAGCGGCAGACACCCCCCCUCCAUGCGGUGGGUGUGGACCCUGCCUGAGACCCCAAACCCAGGGCACAGUGUCAGGUCCCUUUCUGAAGAUCUACCUCUGGCCCAGCCCACCCCCCCUUGCCCCGAGAACAGGAAAGGGUCGACUCGAGGGACCGACACGUCGCACGAAAAUAGGAUGCACUUUUCUGCUCGUGUGAGGGCAGAUGAGUGUCCCCUGGUGUGACUGGUGGCCCUCCCAGUCGCAGGCCCCUCCUGUCCCUCUGGUUUGGAAGGGAAAGAGUGGGUGCACCCUGACCCGUAGAGGGGAGGGCUGUCCCGGUGUGUCCCCCUGGGUGGGCCCCAGGCGGCUGUCCUGGAGGCCUGGGGUUUCGGGGGCAGCCAGCACCUCCCGCCUGGCAGCCACACAUCCUGUACUUGGGGUUUCUCGGUUUGGGUGUUUUUAAUGCCAGUUCUCCGUAAUAAGUGCAUUUCGAAAGAGAGGUUCCGGCUAUCAACUUGUAACCAUAUAUAUACGUAUAUAUUCUAUCUACAAAGUGUUUAUUUGCAAGAUGUUUUGACGGUGAGCUCGGGCCCCGCCCGCCUUGUGACCAUCUGUCCCCGGUCCUCGUCCCCGCCCCCCGGCCCCAAGUGGCACGGGGGCGGGCCAUCAACUGUAUGUAUUAAAAAUGACUGUAUCAAAUAAAUGUUUAUUGAUUUUUUUCCA